CCACUUGCUAAUUUUUAAUCACGUAUAUAUGAACUGUAUUCCAGUUUCGAAGAUCUGUCAAUCGUCAUUAGUAAAUUUUACGAUACAUUCAUAUUGUCCAAUGUUUAUAUAUAUCUUGUACAUACGUUGAGUUCGAUAUUCUCCACAUAAAUCACCCGAAAAGCCAAACACAAACCUCCUGAAAUGCAUGUCAUGGAAUCUCAACCCAAUAUUCAGCUAGUUAUCACUGAAUCACCCACAGUCCCAGCCAAUAUACAAGCUAGCAUUAAUCCCAAAACAAUCUUCAGUUCAAUGUUGCCCAUAUUAACAAAAUUUCACGCUGGUUACUUCAGAAUCACCCUUUCUAUUUGCGGCCAGGCCUUACUCUGGAAGAACCUGAGCGAACCACCCACCGACGCACACAUUUAUCGGCGCAUGCUCAACAUGCUCCCUUCUGCAGCCUUCGUCCUCCUCUGGUCCCUAGCAUUGCUCACAUUAGUAUCGUUUUCGAUCCUCUAUAUUCUGAAAUGUUUCUACUUCUUCGACAGUGUGAAUUCGGAGUUUUUGAAUCACGUUGGCGUGAACUACUUAUUCGCACCCUGGAUAUCAUGGCUGUUAUUGCUCCAAACAGUCCCAUUUUUCGCCCCCAACACUACGUAUUAUCUCCUACUUUGGUGGGUAUUUGUGGUACCUAUAGUGGCCUUAGAUGUCAAGAUUUACGGUCAGUGGUUUACCGAAGGUAAGCAGUUUUUGUCGACAGUGGCGAAUCCAGCUAGCCAAUUAUCAGUGAUUGGUAAUUUGGUGGGAGCUAGAGCAGCUGCGGAGAUGGGAUGGACAGAGAGUGCAAUUUGUAUAUUUUCUCUGGGGAUGGUACAUUAUUUAGUACUCUUUGUUACGCUUUAUCAACGAUUAGCAGGGAGUGAUGGCCUUCCUGCGAUGCUUCGGCCUGUGUUCUUUUUGUUCAUUGCGGCCCCAAGCAUGGCAAGCUUGACUUGGAUCUCCAUCGCUGGGAAAUUUGACUAUUUUUCGAAAAUGCUGUUCUUUCUUUCGUUGUUUCUCUUCGUUUCCCUGAUAUGCAGGCCGAACUUAUUCAAGAAAUCGAUGAGGAAGUUCAGCGUGGCAUGGUGGGCUUACUCUUUUCCUAUAACGAUUCUGGCACUAUCUUCUGCUGAGUACGCGCAUGAAGUAAAAAGCUUCAUAGCUUACAUGCUGAUGAUCAUCCUAUCUGCGUCUUCCGUUCUUGUUAUACUUGUCUUAAUGGUGUUCAGUGCAAUCAACGCGGAUAUGGUUUUUAGACCACGAGAUGAUCUUAUUCCUACUACUUCUAGCUCAUCAAACGAAUCACUAAAUUUGGGUUUACAGUCAUCUAUUUCCGUUGAUGGUUACUAAGCAGUUGGCACCAAUACACGAUGGACCGGGUAAACAGCCAUAAUUCAUAAAUAAUGCUUAGUUGGGCCUGGAUUCUGGAACUCAAACUGUAACAUUAAUUUUCAGAUUCAAGUCCUGGGUUUACUAUGGCCCAUACAAUAACUUCUUUUCUGUCUGGGUUUACUGUAGCCCAGUUUUGACUCAACUGCUACGAUUUUCCGACUUGAUGAUCAAUCAG